AUGGUCUUGUCAGAUCGAUUUGAAGGCGCCGAGUUCAACGCCCCCGACCUGCUCAGCUACAACCCGGCCUCCUCGCUAGCCAGGGCUGCCUGCGAGGUGAGGUGGAGGGCGACAGGGUACCUCACGCGCCCGAACAUCCUCCAGGGCUCGAAUGCCGGGGACCUGGAGGCCCAGAGGCAGCGUGUCUCAAGCAGGUUCGAGGGUUGGCCUGGAUCCCGGCUCAUCCCGUCAGGGGCCCAGGCCCGCGCGGCGCCCUGCCCCUUCUCCUGCCCCGGCCGGAUGUUUGCCACCAGCGCCGGCGCGAUCCGCAAGUGCCUGGAGGCCUGUGUCUUUGCCUCCAACAGACCCCUCGACACCCAGGGCGUGCAGCCCGGAUGGGUGGGCCUGCUGCAUGACAAGGGGCGCCGCGUCAUCUAUGGCCUGUACCAGGUGGAGAGCAUGGGGACAAAUCUGGACCCCAGCUUUGGGCCGACCCUGGUCUGCCAGGCUCGUGUGCGGCCAGUCAGGAUGUUCCGGCCGCUGCCCGAGGACGUCUUCCUGCUGGUGCAUGGAUGGAAGCGGGACCAUGGGACGGGGCUGGCCCUGGAGUACUUCCGGAGAGACCUGUCCCCCGCCCAGACCGAGGCGCUGUGGAGGCUGUGGGAGUUCUGGGAUCGACACUGA